AUGAACGACAGUCGACGCAACACGGCAACGGAAUUCAGUUACAUACUGCAACGACAGGGAAGUGAUGUGUCUGCUGCUGAGGCUUAUGCAUUCAACGACUUCAACAAUUUAAUGAAGAACGACCAUCAGACACAUCAGCAACAGGGCCAACAGCAACAGCAACAGCAACAGCAGCAGCAACAACAACGCCCACAGCAAUCAUCGCAGCAGCAACAGCGGCAACAACAACAACAACGAGGAGGAGGAGGAGGAGCAGGUGGGGGUGGAGGAGAUGUCAUGUCCGGCGACACGUUGUCCUCAUUACCGCAAGCAUCGUUCAACUAUAUCAACUCCAUCGUUGGCAGCGGCGUUAUUGGCAUACCCUACGCUCUGCACCGCGCCGGCUUCGGUCUCGGCUUGGCUCUGCUCAUCCUGGUCGCCUACAUCACCGACUACUCGCUCAUCCUGAUGGUCAGAUGCGGUCACAUCUGCGGCAGAUUCAGUUAUCCGGGCAUCAUGGAGGCUGCCUAUGGCAAAUACGGUUACUAUUUGCUCUCGCUGCUGCAAUUCAUGUAUCCUUUUCUGGCCAUGAUAUCGUACAAUGUUGUCGUGGGCGAUACUCUAUCAAAAGUUUUGGUACGCUUCUUUCCCUCUUGGGGCGAUUCCAUGGGCGCUGUUCGACUGGGCGUUGUCUUCUUUGUGACGGUGGGCGUGGUUGUGCCCCUAUGCCUCUAUAAGAACGUCUCCCGUUUGGCUCGCGCCAGUUUCGUUAGCCUGGCGUGUGUGGUCUUCAUAUUGUUUGCCGUCAUUCUGAAGCUCAUGUCGGGCGAUUAUAAAGUCACGGAUACUGCCGACUCGUGGCGCUUUGCGAACUCGGAUCUAAUACCCGCCACAGGCAUCAUGGUGUUUGCUUUCAUGUGUCAUCACAAUACUUUUCUCGUUUAUCAAUCGAUGCGCGAGGCGACCAUGGAACGAUGGGAGAAGGUCACCCACAUCUCAAUUGGAUUUGCCUGGACUGUGGCGGCGUUAUUUGGCAUUGCGGGUUACUCAACAUUUCGGGCUCUGUCUCAAGGGGAUUUAUUGGAGAACUAUUGCUGGGAUGAUGAUUUGAUGAACUUUUCGCGUGUGCUCUUCUCGAUAUCCAUAUUGCUGACCUUUCCCAUUGAGUGCUUCGUUUCACGUGAGAUUGUGCGCGCUUUGGUGCAUCGAUUUGUGCUGAAGGAACCCAUCAGCGAGUUCACCCAGGACAAGGAUCCCAGCUUGGAGAAGGGCGCCGAAAUCGAUGAGUAUUCGAAAGCCAUUACCUUGGCAAUUGUGUUCAGCGCCUUCAUUAUAUCGCCCAUGACCGACUGCUUGGGCUCGGUAUUGGAAUUGAAUGGUCUACUGGCAGCCAUACCAUUGGCAUAUAUCCUGCCCGGCCUGGCCUAUAUACAAAUGGAGCCACAUGCGCUGUUCAGUCGGGAGAAGCUGCCCGCCUUGGGACUGGUUGUGUUUGGAGCAAUAGUUACCAUCCUGGGAGCUGCGGUGCUGCUACCUGGACUAAUGGGAGACGAUUGCCGUUCGGAUAUUGUGAUGGGAUAUUGCAAGCAGGAGUCACAGAAUGCCACCACGAGGAAUUGAGCGAAUUAUGAACAGGAACAGUAAUUGAAGCAGCAGUCGGGUCAAAAGUCAUUAGUUUAGUUAUAAGCAUUGGCAAAACAUUUGCAUUAAUGUAGCAUUGUUUGUGGGAAUCUUUAUCUUUAAGUUUAUUCUGUCUAUGUUCCAUAACAAAGUGUUAGAGUUUGGCAGAGAGGGCAACUUGAAUACCUGUACCUGAGUCUCUUGAUGUGCAAUGUAUCUGCUAGCUAGAAAUGUAUCUCAAACUGUGUAGUAGAUAAUGCAAGGCUAAUUGAAACCUGAAUCUCAGUACAAAGCGACAAGAAAGAAAGCAGCAACAAAUUGUUAUAUCAUAUGUACUUAUAAACACCACCAAAAA